GAUAAAAUCUGCUACUUAUACGCAACCGCAUUUAGUAGAUUCAACGGUUCGUAGUUCCUCGUAGUAGAACUUGAUCUCGUCUGUGGCGGUUCUCUUUCUGUACCACGAAGCAACGUCCUCGUCCUUUGGUACUACUCGAAACAAGAUCAUCUGAGACUAUGGGCCAGUACAACAAGGCCACGAGUCUCUUCUGGAAGAUGAUCUUCCUCUGGAGCUUUCUCGUUUUCCGAGUUGCAAGGUGUUUCCAGGCUGUCGGGCCUGUUGCAGCGGAUGGACCUUCGACGAUUUCGGGAUCAGGAAGCAGACCAUUGUCUCCAACGAGUACUUCAGUUCCUCUUGGCGAUGACAGCGAAGGCGGGGGCAGUCCCGCGUCAGCCGCUGCAUCUUCGACAGGUUCUUGCGCUCCCACGUGCGCAAUCUGCCUGCUGCCUCUCGACCGGAGGAAAAGGUUCCUGGAAAGCGAGUGCAGGGGUUGCUCGAUGACGAUGGCCAUGGCUAGGGCAUCUGCCUCGGAAGUGCAAAUGGCCAGAGGCAUGAUUUCAUCUAGUUCCGCUGUAACACGAUCAGAUACUGGCGCGCCAGUCAGCUUUCUGGCGGGCUUCGUAUCCGAAGACCGGUGGGAGCAACAACAGCAGCAAAGUGUGUCGCGACAUGAAGUGCCACGACACCAGCGUGACCGGGCAUUUCCGUUGCAGACGCGACAAUGGCUUCAUGCCUUCCUGGACACCGUUGCGCCGCUGGACCGGAGCAGGAGGGCCAACGCUUUGCCGACGGACACAGCCGAAGAUAUCGAUAAUUUUCCCGGCGGUGCUCCUGGUACUACCGGCAGCAGGAGCAGUUCUGAUCGAACCACAAUUACUGCUAGUGGUGCUUCGUCCUCCUCGGGCGCCAACGGCGCGUCCGCUGCGACUUCCUCUUCCCCAGAGGCUGGUACAGGACCUGCAAGCGAGAUCAGGGACGGAGUGGUUCCCGAGACGAACGACAAUCCAGUUCCUGAGGACCGGUCACGACCAAAUGGCGCUGCAGAUGGGAACACGAAUGGUCAGGGAGAAGAAGCAGCUGUCAUCGGCGUCGACAACAUCGAGGACGAAGAAAACGAUCGGAUGAUCAUCCGUGGAGUGGCCUGCGGGGCAAGAAAUAACGGACCACCGUCAGCGAAAGGCCUGGCGACAGCGUCCUCGUCCUCUUCUAGUACCCAGCGGGCUGCAAUACAACCCGAUCCGCCCAACCUGCACUGCAAAACCCACGCCUUCCACACGGACUGCAUUUGGCGCUGGAUCCGACAGGAGCUGAAUUCCGGCUUCCCGCUAUCGUAAGGAAAAAUCCCCCCUCCCCACAUUGAAAUCGUAUCCUUCUGAAAAUUUGUGAUGCGCAUUUGUUACCUCAAAUCCUGUCUGUCCUGCAAGAAGGCAAGUCCAGAGAGCGCCCCGCAUUUUGCAGGCGGUUUGUGAUGCUGUUGGGCUUAGAGCAUACGCGUUUGCCUCCAUGCUAGGCGCCUACGUCAAAACCUCUCGGCUGAGGCUCAGCCUAUGCCUGCAGUCCUCUACUGGAAGACAAAUCUGAUUUGUGUACGGAAAGCCAGCGUCAGAAACUUCGUUUUCGAUAUGGGGAGGGGGAUUUUUCCUCUUGAUACCCGCCCCGGUGUCCGGUAUGCCGCAGCUCGAUCCCGCGCGGAACCUGCAUUCACGUGCGGGACCUGUUCUGGGAUCUCGCGAAGAAGGGCGAGCUGCCGCGGGAGUGCCUGUCCGACGAGGAAAAACGAGUGCUGAACCAAUCAGAAGCACGGGCGAGAAACAGCUACCGCUGCUACAACAUCGACGUGCGCUUCCGUACGGGCUUCCUGGAAACGCUAGACCGUGCCAUGCGGACUCGCGUUGCGGCUGCACAGAGAGGGCAACAGCGGGCGGGCAAUGGAGGCAGUGGUGGAGUUGGGCUUCACGUAGGAAACAACCAGAACAGCCCAGCAGCCGUCGCGCGGCGAGAACGACUGGCGGAGAGAGGACAAGCAACUGCUGAGUAUGUCCCUCUAACCACGAGCACCGAUCCACGCGAGCAGCCGUCGCGGACUGCGCACGAGCAGGCAGUGCGGGACCGCAUUGCUCGCGAACAACAGGCCGACGACGAAUUCUAUGCGUGUUUGUGGGUAGUGUUCUGUGGCCUUUGCGAGCCCAUAUGGAACGGCUCCUGGUGCCCCGGGCCACCUGGUAGUUCAGGAAACUACGAUGCAGUCGGAAACGACAGCGCCGCAGCUGCGACCCCGGGGCAGCUGGAACCACAAAUAGAACGAAGCCAAGUUACCGGAGCCGAAAUCACGGCAGGAGCUCCUUCUGGCACCAAUCGGCCAGGAGGACGAGGAAGUGCCCGGGUAUCUUCAUCGGGUGCGACGCGCAGCAAUGCGACAGGUGCGCGCGCCUUACUUGGAGGUGGAAAUAACAAUAAUUCCGACGGAGAACAAGUAGAGGUAGACCAAGACCACGACGAAGAUGACCCGAACUCCCGCACGGCCAUCGUCCGUCGGGGGUGUUCCAGGUGUUGCGAGAAGCUCGCCCGGUGCGCCACUUUUAUGAGCGAGCGCGUCGAGCUUGCGGGCGCAGUGUGCGGAAAGGUGGGGGAGUUUUUCGGAAUGUUGCUCCUCGUUUUUGCAAUGAACCCGUGCUGUUGGUGUUUCGCGAUCCUCGGAGCUAUCAUCUACGUGGGGCAGGAACAGUCCCGGGAGCACGCACGGAUGCUGCAGGACCGGGAACACUGUCUGAACGUGAUUUGGCCGAACUACACUGUCUUUCCCGUGGCGCUGAAUUCGGAUGAUAGCGACUACCUGUUCGGGGGCUGUAGCGACAUUCCGGCGAGCGACUGCCCGCCCGUGAAAUACUUUGUGAAUAAGGACAGCUUUUUGCUCCGGGAGAUCAAACAAGCGGCCGGGGUUGCAUCUACAUCUAGACCUGACAAUGCAAAUCAUGCACUUGUUGCUGAAGAUGUUGUAGUUGCCAGAGAUCAUGAACAUGAUGAUCUUGCAGCGGCACACGAAGCAGCAGAGCGCCGACACCCUCAGCGAGAGCAUGAGCAGAAGGACGGCGUCGUGGUAAUUGACGAUGACGACUAUGACAGUACAAAUGCACGCCGGCGACGCUUCUACCACUACGUGAGCAACGAGCAGGCAAUGAGAAAUUUGCUCCAGCACAUGCAACACGAUACAAACUGGAGUGACCAGCGAAUAUUAGACUUUCUCCAAAAAGUCUCCGCGCAAGAGCUGCUACUCUACUGCUUCGGCAAGCCAACCGAAAGUGCGUUCGAGGAGCUGCUCACACGAGGGGCGCUGAAGCAGCGGCGGCUGCGGAACCGGGGCAGAACGAGAGUUCGCAACAGUUAUACCGACAGCGACGUCGCGCGCGUGCAUGACAAGAUAGAAGACAUCAUCAUCGACGAAGAGGCGACGCGGCAGUUACAGGAGAGAACAGACUACAACACUGGCGUUCCAGUAGCCAGUCUGCUCAGAAGACGACCGACGGCAGGCACAAGGAGUGCUGGUGCUUAAACUUAGAAGCGACUCCCUCGAUGUAAAUGUAAUCCCUCGAAGAUCGUUCAGCAGCGAUGGCACACGAAGCCAGCUCAGAGCUUCGUCUACGCUUUCUGUGACGCUCGGAAGAUACGACUGGUGCGAAGUCGUGAAACGUAUCGAAGUGUAUAGUAGUACGUAAAAGAAUGAUAAUGAUUAUGCAUUCACCUGCUAAAGGCACCAAUACCAAAUAAGUACUUUGAUUUAGUAGUAUGUUUGCCAACACGCACCCUCCUCCCUUUGUCUGAGAAACGACGAUCAGUCUUCUGAUUUUCCAUUUCCAAAUCAAAUGACGCGAAAAUAAAGAGAAAGAAUCUGAGCACUGGUAGAGAAAUUGAAAUGCUUCCAUAGAUUUUGCUGAUUCGAUGUCCAUGUUAUGGCUGUCGAAAAAAUGUAUCAAGAGAAAACCCCAGAGCAGAUACAGUUUGAAUUUCAUCUACGCUUUACCUUCUCACGGGAGAGUGCUACAAAUUUUAG